CGCGCCGCCCCGGACCAGCGACCGACCGCGCCGGGAGGCGGCUGCUCCGCCGCUCUGUGGGGUUUAUCAAACCGUGGUGGGAGGAAGAGAUCUACAUUCUCCCGGCGUUUUGUCUAAAUUUUUUUUUUCUUUUUGAAAUUUUUUCCCCGUCCUUCCCGGCGGUUCUCUUUAUCAUCUAUCCAUUUUCUCUUCGUUGUUGCUGUACCGCCUGCAAUAAUCGCCUCGCUUCGUCUCGCAGCUGGCGCGUUGGAGAAGCCGGCACCAGCCGCCGCGAUGCCGCUCAGCGCCGGCUUCUCCAGCAAGAACUACGACUACGAUUACGACUCUGUGCAGCCCUACUUCUACUUCGAGGAGGAGGAGGAGAACUUCUACCUGGCGGCGCAGCAGCGGGGCAGCGAGCUGCAGCCCCCCGCCCCGUCCGAGGACAUCUGGAAGAAGUUUGAGCUGCUGCCCACGCCGCCCCUCUCCCCCAGCCGCCGCUCCAGCCUGGCCGCCGCCUCCUGCUUCCCCUCCACCGCUGACCAGCUGGAGAUCGUGACCGAGCUCCUCGGGGGGGACAUGGUCAACCAGAGCUUCAUCUGCGACCCGGACGCAGAUGUCAAGUCCAUCAUCAUCCAGGACUGCAUGUGGAGCGGCUUCUCCGCCGCCGCCAAGCUGGAGAAGGUGGUCUCGGAGAAGCUGGCGUCCUACCAGGCAGCCCGCCGAGAGGGGUGCUCCGCCGGCCGCCCCGGCCCGCCGCCCUCCGCGCCGCCGGCACCGCCGCCGGGGCUGGCCGCGUCCCCCAACGCCUCCGCCAGCCUCUACCUGCACGACCUGGGCGCCGCCGCCGCCGACUGCAUCGACCCCUCGGUGGUGUUCCCCUACCCGCUGAGCGAGCGGGCCCCGCGGGCCGCGCCGCCCGGCGCCAGCCCCGCGUCCCUGCUGGGCGUCGACACGCCGCCCACGACCAGCAGCGACUCGGAAGAAGAACAAGAGGAAGAUGAGGAAAUCGAUGUUGUUACAUUAGCUGAAGCAAAUGAGUAUGAAUCCAGCACAGAGUCCAGCAGCACAGAGAUGUCAGAAGAGCACAGUAAGCCCCACCACAGCCCGCUGGUUCUCAAACGGUGUCAUGUCAACAUUCAUCAGCACAAUUAUGCUGCUCCUCCCUCCACCAAGGUUGAAUACCCAGCUGCAAAAAGGCUAAGGUUGGACAGUGGCAGAGUUCUCAAACAGAUCAGCAACAACCGAAAAUGCUCCAGUCCGCGCACGUCAGAUUCAGAAGAGAACGACAAGAGGCGAACACACAACGUCUUGGAGCGCCAGAGGAGAAAUGAGCUCAAGUUGAGUUUCUUUGCCUUGCGUGACGAGAUACCCGAGGUGGCCAACAAUGAAAAGGCUCCCAAGGUUGUCAUCCUGAAAAAAGCAACAGAGUACGUUCUUUCCAUCCAGUCGGAUGAACACAGACUGAUUGCAGAGAAAGAGCAGUUGAGGAGGAGGAGAGAGCAGUUGAAACACAAACUUGAGCAGCUAAGGAACUGUUGAGCAUAGGAACUAUUGAGCAUCACUUAGAAUAAUGCAAACUAGACUGAAACUAUGAUAAAAUAUUAAUGAUUCUAAUAUCUCUCAUGAACUACAGAGUCCAUCAAGUAUGGAACUAUUGCAACUGCAUGCUGUGCGAUUUAACUUGAGACUACACAACCUUGGCUGAAUCUCCCAAGGGUUUGGCCAGAACCUCUAAACUGCCUCAUAAUUGAUACUUUGGACAUAAGGGAUGAUGGGACAUUCUUCAUGCUUGGGGAUGAACUAUUCGAUUUUUUUUCUUUUAAAAUUUUGUAUUUAAGGCAUUUUUUCAUACAAGAAUCCAAAAGAAAAAAGUUGUCCCCAGUUUGCUGUAUAUAUUUACACAUCAUAUUGCCAUGUAAAUACCUUUAAUAAAGCCUUUAUAGAAAAAUGUGCAACAUUAAUACGCAACAGUUGUGGCAACUGGAUUUAUACUUGUCUUGAACUUCUGUGCCAUAACAUUUCACAAUUUUGUUUUUUAUUUAAAAUGAUUUUUAUUUUGUUUUUAGAUAAAUAAAUAUUUGCCCAAAAUAUAA